UCAGAUAAUUUGACAUAUUUUUCAGACAGUAUUUCAUCACAGAGUAGUAGGUGUACUAAAGCAGUAUUAAGUUGUAUGUACGUGGUCUCAAAGCUGUGCCCAUGCCUCGGGUCUUCACUUGAAGGGGCGGGGAUCCCCCCGUCGCUCCUCCCCCUCCGGGCUGCCGUCACCGGGGCUGCUGGACCGGCGCAACUCGGCACCAAACAACCAGCCACCGGCUGCUUCUGCUGCUGCUCCUCCGUGUUGAGAGAAGACCCGGUGCAGCCAGGAGCCUCCCCGCCGACACUGCUCGUCUUUCCUCACCGCAAACGUCAUGGCCUCCGACGGCAUGGACGAGCGAUCUCCUCUGCUGUCGGGCCCCAACUCUGAGAAUGUGACCCCCACUGCUCCCCCGUACCUGCAGGAUCCGAGCCCCCGAGCCGAACUACCUCCUCCUUACACAGCCAUCGCCAGCCCGGACGCCGGCGGUGUGCCAGUCAUCAACUGCCGCGUCUGCCAGUCCCUCAUCAACCUGGAUGGGAAGCUGCAUCAGCAUGUGGUCAAGUGCACUGUCUGCAACGAAGCUACGCCCAUCAAGAACCCUCCAACAGGGAAGAAAUACGUGAGGUGUCCCUGUAACUGCCUGCUCAUCUGUAAAGACACGUCCAGGAGGAUAGGAUGUCCUCGACCAAACUGCAGACGCAUCAUCAACCUGAGCCCAGUGAUGGUGAUCCCAGAGGAGCAACCUGCCCAGCCAGCUCUGCCCAUCCAACCUGAGGGGAUGAGGGUGGUGUGUGGUCACUGUGGCAACACCUUCCUAUGGAUGGAGCUCCGGUUCAACACACUAGCAAAGUGUCCCCACUGCAAAAAAAUAUCCUCAGUUGGCAGUGCGCUCCCAAGGAGGCGCUGUUGUGCUUAUGUAACAAUAGGAAUGAUCUGCAUUUUCAUUGGAGUGGGUUUAACAGUUGGUACUCGGAACUUUGCCAUCCGCUACAACGCCACCUACGUCUCCUGGGCAUUGGCCUACCUGCUGGGCCUCAUCUGUCUGAUACGAGCCUGCUACUGGGGGGCCAUCAAAGUCAGCUACCCCGAGAACAGCUUCUCCUAGAGCGGGGUUUAGCUGGGGGAACAGUCGCCACUUUAAGUUGUUUCAUUGUGUUCAAGAUUUCAACCGAUCAUGUUCAGCGGAGUGGAAACGCCUGCAGAGUUUGUUGGAGAGAUGUAUGUUUGGAGGGUUGUUAUGUUGAAAAUGCAUCAUGUUGUGUUUGUUUUAAAGUGAACAAACCUACUCUAUGUCAGUCAGUCAGUCCACGAUGACUCAAAUCCAGCUAGGGUUUUGCCAGAAUCCUCCAGAAAACAGAAUCAAAAAGUUCAAUAAGCUAUGAUUUGUUUGAUGAAUGCCAAAAUUAGCUGAUUUUAAAAACGUAGACUGGCAAACUAGUUGGAUUUGGUCUUUGUGGGCUAAGUUUUUUGUUUUUUUUUCCUGCCACUUUACUUUUUUCUAACCAGACCAAAAUGAGACAACCUCUGAGAUUAGUUUGCCCAUUGCACUAUUAUUAUAUGCAAUUGUAUUAGUUCUUUUGCUGCUAGUUUGACUCCAUACUGUAAUGUAACCUUGCCUGUGUACACUGACAUAGUAUUGCUACAUGAUUUUAACUCUCAUCAUGAUCAGUUUUUAAAAGAUAUCCUCUGUGUGCCAACUUUGCUGCCCAGUAUUACUCCAUCAGAGCCUCAAAUCAACAGGAGUGUGUUUUUAUUUCAGCUUUUUUUUGUGCCAUGCAGCUUUAAGUCACAUCAGCAAUAACUGUUUUUUUGAACCUCCACGUGUUCCGCGCUGCAUUUUUGUUGCCUUCUUGACAGAAAUGAAAACAUGUUUGCAUGUUUAUCACAUUGUCCUUCCACGGAGGUUUAUUUUCCUGUUCCAGAGAGCUAGCUGAAGUGUUCAGUGCUCCUGUCUUUGCUCCUUCUGCCUGUGAGUUAGAAUGUAAACCCUCCUCGUCCUCCUGUCGCUUCUAUAGCUGCUCUCUGACCUCCGCUGAACUCUGUGCUAGCUCGCUAGAUUGCUGUAGGCUAACUCAGCAUCCUGUCUCUUGACCUUGACCAGUCUGCAAUCUUCUAACCUUGUUUUGAAUGUGAUGAUGAUGAUGUUGAGGAUGAUGAUAAUUAAGGAGAAAAUAUAUAAAAAGAAGCAUUGUAAAUAGUUCAAAUUCAGUACUUGGAAAACUGUAAUGAGAGGAUGAAGGAGAGGAGACUUGUGGGUCUUUUUAAAUGAUAAUUUAUCAAUAAAAAGCAAAAACUG